CUCUCCCUCCUCCUCCUCCUCGCAUCUGGGUUUUGGCACCAGGGCGCGCGCGCACACACACCCCAAACGCAUACACCCACCCUCUCCAUACGAACUCACACUCUCUAAACGCAAUCACACACUCUCCAAACGCACCCACACUCCUCCAAACGCAUCCCCACUCUCCAAACGCACCCCAACCCCCCUCCCCUACUCUCUCUCUCUCUCGCUCUGUCUGUCCCACUGACUCCCACCCCUUUCUGGAUCUCCCCCCUUGCCCGGACGGCUCCUCAUUCAUUCAGUCGUAUUUAUUGAGCGCUUACUGUGUGCGGAGCAUUGGACUAAGCGCUUGCAGCCCAGCUCCGGGCCCCGGUCCCAGGCUUCCCCGCCCCCCAGCAGCGGGAGGAACAUGAAUCCGCGGCUCUGGAUGCUGGCUGUCCUCCUGCUCUGGGUCACCUUGACCGCAGUCUGUGGAGGACCACUGCCCGAGGCUUCUGAUGGAAGAGAACUGGAGGAGGGGCACAUCCGCCACCUGGUGCAACCAAAGACCAUGAGGAACGGCGCGGGGCCCCGGCAGGGGGGCCGGAGGAAGUUCCGCCGACCCAGACCCCGGCUCUCGCACAAGGGGCCGAUGCCUUUCUGAGCAGGACCAGUGAGGGGAUAAGGAUCUGCCCCACCCCACCAUCCACGUCUUUGUUUGAUGGACUGAUCCGCUUGUCUUCAGGUCCUGAGUUUGGGGCUCGUUCCUGCUGAUGUCUCCAGGCUGUUCCCACCUGCCAACCUCCCCAUGUAGCUGCCCAAGACAGAGUGAUCCUGCGUCUGGUUCGGCUUUCCUGAAUCUGACCUCUAGGCCUUCUCCCUGCCUUCAUCCUUCCCUGUUUUCCAUCUUCCCCAUCCUGCUCCGGCCUCCUCCCGCAAUCCCCUCUUCACUAUGUGUCCCUGCCUCCCACCAACCCCAGUUUGAGAAGUUGUCUCUCAGCACCAUGUAUCCCGAAGCAGCUGUGUCUUUUGUCUCCCCGGAUUCUCCCCUCAAAAGUCCCUGAGCUUGCUUGGGUCAGAUCAACUAGUGGAGAUGGGGCUGGAGGGGGAAUCCAGGCCUCAGAAGACUGCUUGCUUGGGGAAGGAAUUGCUGUAUAGGGAGCCUCUGGGAUCCCUUGGGGGGGAAUUGGGUGGGGAAGCUGUGCCUUGGGGUGAAGACUCUGUCUCAAUUGAUUGGGUUAAUUAAUUUGGUGGGGGCGGUGGUGUUAGCUCUAUUGGGAAAAGCCGCUGACGUGAAGAGUCUACCUAUCCUUGGUGUCUGGCCAAAGCCUCGGAUCUCUCUCCUCAGGGUGUGAGGUGGGGACAGCCAAAAGAACAGCUGUGUCCUUGCUCAGCUGAGGGUGAGGGGUGUGAUGAGGGGGUGAGAACGCAGCUUGAACAAGAAGCACUUUGUCAUAUGGGGCUGUUCCUCUUUGGGGGAAAUGCCCCUGUCUCCCCUUGCCUUUAUGUUGUAUGUUUCCUCCUCCCCUCUCCCUUUUAGAAAUUUAAAAAAGAUAAGAGAUAUAUAUAUAAGUACAUACGUAUAUAUAGAAAGUCAAAGGAAGUUAUUUUUGUUAAGAUAAUGGAUUUUGGGGGUGUUUAUUUAUUCUCUAGGUGCUGAAACCUCCAAAGCUCUUGGAUUUAAAAGUUUGGAAAACUGAAAUUCCUUCUCUCAGCCAUCUGGAGUGGCCCAGUCCCUAGUCUUGUCUCAUCCUCCUUCUCCAAGCCAAACCCACGAUUGUGGGCACCUGGGGUGUCCGGAGAGGCUGCAGUCCCAGAAUUCUCUCUCGGGUUUUCCCUGUGCCAAAGGACAUGUUACAGGGCAGAAGUCUUCCAGGUGAUGCCCAUUCCCCCAUGAGGUCUAUUUUGGAGACUUGGCAGGGAGGAUGUGUGCUUAUCCCUGACCUUUCUUGAGGCAAGAAACCAGACAUCAUGGCAGAAUCUGGCCCCAUCCCCUGCCCUGCCCAGGUACCAGUGCCAGGGAGGAGGUGGCAGGUGAUCACAGAAAAUCUUAUUAUUUCCAUCUCUGAUGGGGAUCCAGGGUGGACAUGGAAGAUUUGUAUUCUCUGAUGCCAAGAGACAGUCACAAGGUGCGUCAAAGAACGUGCCCUUCUUUUCAAUUAUCCCAGGACCAGGCCCUCACUCCAAAGUCUCCUGGUCUGUGCCCUUCACCCCGGCCAGCCCCAGGUUCAGGGUCUACUCCUCAGUGGCACAGCAUUUCAUAUAUUUGGUGCUUUCGUGUUAUAUUUUAUAGCCAUUCAGUAUACCUUCAUAACCCGCUGGGUGUAUUCAGUAUACCAGCCUAGCAUACCUGCGUAACUCCCUGUGACUUGUCAGUAUUCCGUUCCCCAACCAUGUGAUGGCCUAUUAUUACAGGUAUUUGACAGUACAACCAAAUCAGAUAGUUUGAAAAAGGGGUGAGAGCUUUUUAACUCAAAGGAAGAAUGAUGUUUUUUAAUGUUUUUUUUUUUUUAAGGGCCAAGAGAGAGCUUUAAAUGCUUUGACCUAGUGACCUCUUCUUCCCAUUUCUGGCUUAAGUGGCCACUAGCAUUUAAACCUGAUGCAACCAAAACAACUUUGGGAGCUUCGAUUUGCCUGUCCCAGCAGCUAGCCCCUCAUGGCCCAUCUCCUUGAAACUGCCGGCCUCCCAGCACAGUGGAGUGGAAAUGCUAUGGUGAGAGCCACUACCACUUUGACAGACUUAGCUUUGUUGUCCCGGUCCCUGAUUUUUGAUUUGGUUGAUGGAUGUGUUGGGUGGGAGGUUAGGGAGAGGGGAGAAGUGGGCUGGGUUGGCUGUUCCAUAAAGCAGCAAGAAGCCCCUUGUUUCUUCUCUGCAGCGUCCCCUUCCUCAAGAUCACUGGGAAAGAGGUCUUGGGGAGUGGGAAAUUUCAGCUGACUGCAAUGGGGUUUUAUGACAAGGUUUAGGAUUGAGGUAGGGGGGCUAGCCAGAGGACUGGGAGCUUAGUGACCCCAACAGAUUUGGGGGGCAGAUUCACGGGAAUGAUACUGAGCCCUAAGAUCAUAGGUUGAUUAAUCAGUGGUGUUUGUUGAGUGCUUGUGGUGUGCAGAGCACUGCUGAGUACUUGGAAGAAUACAACCAAGUUGGUAGACAAGAUGCCUGCCCUCAAGGACCUUAAUUUAGAUCCUAUGGAGUUUGGCAUAUUGGGAAAGGGGGCUGGGUUUUAUUGAUUGAAGUAGAGCCUGAAAUUGGGGGGCUCAGGUUCCAGAGCCUCAUGGAUCUGACCAGUAGCUACCCCAACAGCUGUGAAACAAACCAAGGUUUUCCCUGUGCUCAGGCUGCCUCCCAGUUGGCCACCAUUUUCCCACCCAGUUGAGGAGACAGCCCCGGGAUUUCCAAUUUUGCUGGGUGCUGGGGAAGCUGAGUGAACCAGGAGAACUGAGGGUCUGGAACAGGAGACAGGUUGGAGAACACUUUCCCAUGGUGCAAUCUCCUGGCUGGCUGCCAACUACCAGAGGGGGCAACUCUGCCCUGACCCUGGGGUUGCCCACCUGGAUGUGUCCAGCCAGCUAGAGGGUUUGUAUGUCGAGGCACACACCCCUUCUCACUGCAACCAUGCCCUUCACUCCUUGGGAUGUUUUGUAGCAUGACCCUGCCCAGAGUGGCAGCAGGGGGAUCUGGGCAGGUUCGGUGAAGUGGUAUAGUAGGGACUGGGUCAUCAAUGUCACUGAGUCAGAGUCUAGGGAUUGCCUGGUUCUCCUUAGGUUCUGAGCCUUGUCAUUGGCUUUGGGCUAUUCCCUGCUUGGCGGCCCUGGCAGCAGCUGCUUUCUGAAGCUAAAUCUGGGUGCUAUCCCUCUAGAUUGCAAACUCACUGUGGGCAGGGAAUGUCUGUUUGUUAUAUUGUACUCUUCCAAGCACUUAGUACGGAGCUCUGCACGCAGUAAGCGGUCAAAUAUGAUUGACUAUUUCACCUCCCUCAGGGUUCCGUGAAGAGAGUUUCUUUGCCCUGGAUUUCUGUGUCCUCAAGUUCCCCAAGUUGGGGGCAGGGGGAGAAGCCAGAGCUAUAGAGGGAUCCCUUCAGAACCACUUCCCCCAGUUGGCUUGUGUGUCCU